AUGUCUCCAGAGAAUGUCACACCGACAGUAUCCAUAAACAGCGGAAGAUCGUCAAGAACAAAUUCAACAAAUUGUGUGGAUAGUGACUCCACAAAAGAUAGUGCUAGUGAUUCACUAAACAGUUUAAUAGAAGAAAAAAUAAACACGAACUGCGACAAUUGUUGUCUCAACGAAUGCAUAGAUGUGAACUGUUCUCUUGGUAAUCAGUGCACUGUGUAUGAAAGCGAUUCUGGCAAAGUGUUAAAGAAACGGAGAUCGAUAUGCUACAAUGUGGCUGGUCAGACGGUGUGGGGCGUUCUUCUCAUCAUUGUAUCGAUCAGCGGUUUCAUAUUUACGCCGUUGGAUUUCAUGCUUUGGGAAAAACUCAAAAUGAGGCCAGGUUUUCCACCCUACGAAUGGUGGGCAGAUCCACCUGAUGAGGUGAAAAUGCGAGUGCACGUCUUCAAUGUUACUAACCAUGAACGGUUUCUGAAGGGCUUGGACAAAAAAUUAAAUUUACAAGAAAUCGGUCCUAUAGUAUAUUUAGAGAAACUCCAACACUCCAGCAUCAGAUUUAAUGAAAACAAUACGCUGACGUACACGGCCAAAAGAUUUCUAAUCUAUUUGCCUGAUGAGAACAUUCACGAUUUGAAUUCUACUAUCAUCCUUCCUAAUAUAGCUGUCUUGGGCAUGGCAUCUUAUCUACAUGACUCCAACUACUUCGUGCGGACAGCUUUUAGACUUUUAGUUAAUACUCACGGGAGUGAGUUCUUCGUCAAGAAGACGUUGUAUGAGUAUUUGUGGGACUAUAGAGAUCCUGUAUUGGCGACUUCUCGAAACAUAGUCCCUAGCAUAGUUCCCGUGGAUAACAUGGGUUUUUUGACAAGAGUUUAUAAUGACUUCACGGACGAAGUUACAGUCAAAAUAGGAUCAGAAUGGGGACACAGCAGUUUCUUUCAAAUAGACCGCUUCCGUGGACAACCACAGUUGCCUGGAUAUAAUCCCGAUGUCUGUCCAGAUCGUCUUUUUGGUUCCACAGAAGGAGUGAUGUAUCACCAGUAUUUAACUAGACAGGACGUCUUAUUGUAUUGGAGGAAGACCGUAUGCAAACUCAUGCCACUGUAUUUUGAAAGCGAAAUAGUGAUUGACAACGUACCAGUAUAUCGAUAUAAUUUAUCGGAAGUCGUCUUCGAGAGGGUGACCAACGGUACCGACUGUUAUGAUACUGUGCCUUCUCUUCCUUCUGGGCUGAGCGAUGCGUCGAAAUGUUAUUUCGGCUUCCCAAUGGUUGUGUCGUACCCGCAUUUCUAUACGGGUUCGCCUCCAAAGGACCACUACGUCACAGGUCUCACCCCAGAUCGGCAGAAACAUAACUCCUACGUUGUAGUAGAACCGUUGACUGGUGUACCAUUCCGUGCUGUAGCAAGAAUGCAAAGCAACCUUCGGAUCCACGAUCUCUCAAAUUUUCCCAAAGAUUACGACAGAUUUUCGAAUCAAAUUAUACCAUUGUUUUGGGCAGAAUACAGUCAAGAAGGUCUACCGACGAUAAUAAGAUUGACUAUUUAUUUUAUGGUGGUGGUGUUGCCACCAAUGUCGAAGGUUAUUUUUAUAUUGACGCUCCUUUUUGGAUGCUUCCUAAUAUCGAGACGAAUGUAUGAUCACAAAAUCAUUCACAAAUUUGUUCCUUCUUUAAUUCGAUUAAAAAAUAAAAAUAAAACUAUUACGCGGAAUAAAAUAUUAGUAUAUGAAAAAGAAGCAUUUAUGAAAAUACAAUAA